AUGGAUUCCUAUCUCGAGGAGACAUCUUACACCUUCUUCCUCAGUGUCGAGGGUAGCAGCCCGGUCUACACAUUCGACUCUCAGUUCAUUCCAUUCCCCGCAUCAGAGGGCACCGAGAACUUCUUUUAUCCAUACUCAUUCCCGGCAUACCAAACAUCAAUGCCUCUCAUGAACGACGCUUCCCCACUCUCCUUGGACACCGACUAUGCAACCAUCAACACCCCAUUCACCGCAUCCUCUCCCCACUCAGACUUCUCACCCAUCCCCAGUGAGCCCUUAGAUUUCGCAUCACCAUCCAGCACCAGCAGCGGACCAGUCUCGCCACGAUCGCCUCCAAAGGAGAUGCAGCCUGAGAGCUGGGGCCCGGCAGAUCUCCACCAGAUGGGUUAUCUCGACGUCGCCGGCAACUGGCGCUGCCGCUACUCGGGCUGCUGCUCCUCGCGGGUGUUCCUGCGCGCAUGCGAUCUCAGGAAGCAUUUCCGGGGCCAUGCAAAGUACUUUUUCUGCACCGAAAAGAGAUGCCAGCAAGCGGGCGUCGGCUUUGCGACCCGCAAGGACUUUCAACGACACAUGGGCUCUCACAAGCCUGCUGUGAGGUGCAUGCACCCUGACUGCGAUCGCAUCUUCAGCCGGAAGGACAAUAUGAGAGAGCACUAUAAGAAGAUUCAUCAGCGUUUGAGGAACAACCUCUUCCCAAGGAGGUGCCGUCAAACCAAGAAGAGGGAAUCGCAGCCUGCUUCGCCAGAGUCUAGCUGCUCUACUUGCUGCAUGGAAUGUUAAGUUCGAUGAUUUUCCGCAGAUUUUGUUAAAAAAGCAUUGGCAAAUGGGGCUUAACUGCCUCUACCACUCGUUUUACGAAUCAUGAACCAUGGGUUAAGCGUUGUGUUUCUACGGAGUGCUUGGGGAAUAGCAUGGGAGCUUCUGGAUUCAUCCUGAGAUGAGAGCUUUUAUAAUAGAUAGAUUACUAGUAUUUGAUGCCUAAUGCAGCCAUUCAUUAC